AUGCGUCGCGUCGACGCGUGUCCCUGUCGUUUUAACGUGAGAUGAAGGCUCAAUCAACUAUGAAACAGUAAACACUCUUCUCUCGUCAAUCAGCAAUGAAGUCGAUCGCUCUGCUCUUCAUAUAUGUGACCAUUGCCAAAGGCAUGUAUGUCGACCACGGUGAUCCCUACAAACCGGGCACGUUGGCAACUGGAAAACUCGUCAUCACCAGCCUCGAAAACCACAGCCCCCUCCACGCCGUCGUCUACUACCCUAGCGUCCCUGGGGACUACGGUGUCGUCUUCUUUAUCCCGGGAUUUGACGGCGUCAUUCUCAGCGAAUACUACUCUGACUAUCUCAGCUCUGUAGCUCAGCAUGGAUUCAUCGUGGUCGGUAGUGACUACAUCUGGCCUGCAAGUGAUCACCCAGGUUACGACAAGAUCAAUGAGAAGCUGGGUUUCAUCACGGACAAGUACGUGGAGCAGUUUAACUGGAUGAAGUCCAAUCUACAGGGGUUGAUCCAGGGCGUGGCGCCGGGCGUGGCCAGCGGGUGGGAGCAUAUUGCGCUUCUCAGUCAUUCCGCCGGGGCGGACGCUUUGUUUAAGAUGGCGGAGAGAAACCACACCCUUUUCCAGAGUGUCGUCCUUUGGGAGCCCUUCAGUUUUCAGUUCAACACGCCGACCAACUUCUCCCUCCCCGCCCUCAUCGUGGGGACGCAGCUGUCCACGAGGAGUGCGUCCGUCAUCCCGUGCAUCAUCCCUGGUUUCGGCUUCGACCACUUCUACAGCAUGUGGGGGGAACCGCCCAAAGUCCUCAUGAACGUCGAGAACUUUGGUCACUGUGACAUCAUGGAUAAUAGUUUUCGUUUGCUUUGCAUCGAUACCAAGAUGUGUGUGGGGGGUAACGCCUCUGCCAUCCCCUCCUACCAACAGUUCGCACAGGGAGUAACCUCCGCCUUCCUCAUCUCCACUCUACAGGGCUACACCCAGGACAUCACCUACGUCAUCGACCAAAAUAAGAUACCUCUACCUCUUGUAGAGUUUAAAUAUAACAUGUCAGCACCAUCCAGUAAACACUGGCAUUUAUCAUUGAACUGACACUAUCAACAAAUUAUUUUGUAAGUUAUCAGCCUUUUUGUCUUGCAAUCUGGGUGAAAAUUUAACCAUGAAGCCCUAGGAACCAAAUGAGAUGAGGUGAAAUGGGGGUUAAAAAUAAUUGCACUUACAUAGCGAGCACUUCUGCUGUGACUAAACUGAACAAAAAAGUUUGAGAUCGUAAUUAUAAUAUUGAUGUUUUAAAACUUUUGUGCUCAGUGUUCACUACAAAAAAUACCCCCAAAAUAAUCAUUAUGCCUAACUUAUUUUGUUCAGCUUAGUCCGGACUAAUGUCGGUUUAAAAAUGCUAGCCCAAUGAUAUAUCAUGUCGCAGUUUAACGUUGAUAACCUCAGCCUCAGUAUAUUGACUCCGAGCCGACCAGUCCUUGUUUUAGCCCCCCUUAAUGCCAAACAGGGUAACAACAAGUAUCAUCUUUAGCAUCUUUCGGUAUGAUGCAGCGGCGACUGAACCACCGACAUUCCGCUCUCCUGGCAGACGCUGGACCAAAUGAAUAUGUCACCAUGUGUUUGAACUAUCUUUGAAAACCUGCUUGGGAAAUAGAUCUGUUCCUGUUCAAAUGUUUGGAAAAUCCUUCCUGAAAAGUCCCAAACAGCAAUGUUUCAGAGAUCAAAGUCAAAUAUGUCUGUUUAUGAAGCCUUCUCGUACGUUUAAGAGGACACGGUGGUCAAGUUGUCAAAGGCAGCGCUAUUAGCUGUGCAGAGUUGCCUCACUUAGGUUUACCAGAAACCUAUCCGCAUGGGUUCGAAUCCUAAAUUCACCCCGAUUAGGUGUCUAGGCUGAAAUAAUCAAGCUGUUUCUCUCCACAUUAACACAGUCUCUGCCGCCAUCAGAUUGAAUCGUGUCCAGAUUGAUGCUAAAAUAACUCCUGAGUGUCUGCUUUAGUCAUCGCAGUCAAUACAUUUCACUCACUGUCCAUUUAUGUGUAUGUGAAUGUGAUUCCAUAAGUUCAUGUAUAUUAUGAAUUAUAUGUACGUGAAUGAGUGUAUAUAAUGUAACAUUGUUGUGUAGUAUAGUGUGUAUAGUGUAUAUUAACAACUUUAUUGCUUGCAUCCUGAUAAAGGGUAACAAUCAAAA